GCGGGCGGCAUCCGGAUCCCUGCAAAGCCGAAGGAGGACCUCACGCCGAGCCUCGCAAGGGCUUUGAAGAUGUAUGCGGCCGAACAGAACAUGGACAUCCAGGAGGUCACGGCACAAAUGGUGAAAAGCUCUCCGGAAGGUGCCGCAGGACAAGCUCUGAAUCGAGCUCUGGACAAGUCCCCGGACGUGAAGCAUGACAUCUACAAGUGGCUUACAGAGGCGAUUCGGCAAGCGGACAACUAUGUGGCGAUGUGUCGUCAGUUUGGGGAGGUGUUCACCGAGUGGAAUGUGUGGACGAAGGCUUGGAAUUUUCUCCUGGUGGAGAAGUUGAGCAGCAGCACUCAGGAGGAAGAGUGGAAGGAGAUCGCCUCGCAGUGCGACUGCAGCCCCACCUACGAGACCGAAGCCUAUCAACUGAAAGCCCGCCGCAAGUUUGCUGCCGCCAAGGGUCUCCCGUUUGACAAGGUGACUUUGAAGCAGGUCGAGGAGUCCGACCUCGGCCUGCAGGGCUACGCCGAGAUGAUCAUCACCGUGCCGGGGAUCGAAGUGGUCGACGACGACACGGAGGCGAAGACCAAGACCGCUGCCGCCUCCCGCAAAUCGAGCAAGCGAAAGGAGAAAGGGAACGACGAGGCUGAGAAGGACACCGGCAACCAGCAGGACUCCAAGAAGACGAAGAUCGAGACCGAGAAGCCCGAGCAGGACAACAAGAAGACGAAGAAGCCGAAAGCCAAGGCGAAGCCGGAGGGCAUUCUCAAGGAGGCAGAGACCACCGCCAGGUCCAUCGUGUUGCAGAUCCAACGGGCACAGCAGACGACAGAGCGACUGCAAGAGGCUUUGAAGCAGGAGCCAUGGGCCGUGCCGCUGCUGGGGGAGUUCGAAAGCCUGCAGACGGCGAUGAAGCUGCAGCUCAGCCCCACAGGAGGCGAGGACAUCGCCGAGUUUGUGAACGAGCUCAAGCUUUGUGUGUUCUCUGGAGCAGGUGCCAGCAGCACGAAGGCAUUGAAGAAGGAGUACAAGGACAACUAUGUUUCGAUGCUCUGCUUGUUCGCCGAUCGGUGCAAAGGUACGGCCCAGAUGCUCGACCUCGCCUGCAAGAUGGAUAACAUGUUCAAGGCCGGUUCCGUGGACGCCGACUCCANNCAGGAGGUCAGGCCCCUUGGGCUCUACUGGGACGGUGUCCGGUACUCCGUGCACAGUUCUUUCACUGGGUUCUACAUCACCGACAUCUUGUCUGGUUCGGAAGACAUGUGCCGCUGUGGCUGCCGUGGGUGGUGCAGCAUCUUUCCGCUGCUGGAUGCUUGGGUGAAGGAUCUACAGGAACUUCAAGCUUCAAAUCAGUGUUGUGUUCUUGACAUCCAAUGCGACUGGCCAGCAUACUUGGAGAUUAUUGGGGGUAGGUUUUGGAACCAUGCUGACCACCCGUGCCCCCUGUGCCGUAUCUCCCAAGCAGAAGUGAAUCCUGAAAGUGUGCCGGCGAUUACACUCGACGACAUCGGCCACGAAUUGUACUCUGCGGAAGACUACAACAAGGACAUCGACAACUUCACCAAGGUGCCUAAAGCCUGUGACUAA